AUGUCGGAGAGCAAAGGCAUCUCGCUGCGUCGCAAGAAGACGUCGGCGAAGACGGCAAAGACAGCAGCAGCGCGUCCGACGAUAUCCGCGCCCGUCCAGCAGCACCAGCAGCACCAGCACCAGCAGCACCAGCAAGGCGACAGUCGAAGCGCGUCGGCCGUCCGCAGCAACUCAGCAUGGACCGUCGCGACGCAGGACUCUGGCACGAGCAACGCGACGUCUCGCGAACGGCCGAAGCUGGGAGGAGACCAGACGAGUGACUUGGUGAAGAGGCGAUACAGCACGCGAUUUGCCGGCGGAAUCCCUCAAGAUGGCGCCGCACCUCCCAUGCCAGCGAUGCCCUCGAUGCCAUCACAAUAUGCAGGAGACGCCGCCAGUCUACGCGGGGGAUCACGACCACCGCCUUCACGCGAUGGGCGGGCGAGUCCGGAGAAAGGGAAGGGCCGGUUGAAGGUCGACAUGCGUGCACUGAAGGACCCCAAUCUGCAGGUGGAGAAGUAUGUCCAGAACAUGCUGGCUGAUGCCUCAGAAAGCGACAUACAUGCCUACCAGAAAGACUUGCAGAGCGUCAAGGCACACACAGAUUCCGACCUGCAGCAUAAUGUCUACCAGAAUCGAACGCAGUUCAUCAAGAUCUCGAAAGAGGCAGACAAGCUCAAGUCGGAAAUGCGAACCUUACGAACGCUGAUGACAGAGCUGACCGGUGCUUUGGGCCAUGUCACGAGUGCAGGCGGUGCAGAAUUGAGUUCAUCCAGCACGCUCAGCGUCGCCGAUAGGAAGCGCGCAAAUAGGAGCAGCGUUGCCAACUUGGAGGCCAUGUGGAGCACUCACCUACAGACGCUGUGGAAGAGAGUGGAAGGCAGUCAGAAGUACCUGCCCGCAUUACCAGGAAGACACAUCAUCAUGGAGAGUCAGCGCUGGGUCGAGCUCAAUGCUGCAACGUGGAAGCCCAGGCGAAGGGUUGCACUGGUAUUGUUAAACGACCAUCUUCUGGUUGCAAGCGAGAAGAAACGGCCCGCAGAUGCUACUCCACAAGGCAAGGGCAACCGGAUGAGCAUGUACCAACCUGCUGGACAAUCACAGACGACACUCGUAGCCGACCGGUGUUGGUCACUGCAUGAUGUGUCUCUCGCAGACAUUAGCACGAGGUCAUCGACUGCCAUCGGGCACAAUAAUACGAAGGAGAACCGAGCUAUCGCCAACGCCAUCAACGUCCGUGCUGGCAAUGAGAGUUUCACCUAUGCCACCGGAGACAGCACUGAUAAAGCAGGGCUGAUCGUCGCGUUCCGCAAAGCACAAGAGGACCAGCGUAAGCAGCUUGCCGCCGAACAUGCUGGAAGGGAAAAGGCUCUAGAUGACCUCGCUUCCCUGACCGGACGGGACGCGCGAUCGUUGAAGAAGGCAGCAGCCGCAGGUAACGACCUGAUCGGUGAAGAUGGCAAGCUCGGUGGCCUGAGUAGAAGCAAUUCGGUUCUCGUCGAUGCUGAUGGCCGACCGCAAAGUAUAAGAUGGGUCGAGUCGCAGAUUGAUGGCUUGGACAUUGACAUUGCUCUGCAGCGCUUCGAGGAAGCUGUUUCUCGAGUGGAAAAGCUUCGGAAGAUGGCCCGUGGCAUCAAAGGCAAUGCGAUGGCACAGGAAAUCAUUCUUGCCAAGGUCAACGAACGAGCAAGUAGACUUGCGAACAGUGUUGCAAGACAACUAAGCUAUUCCAGCAGCGGUAUGGAAAGGACAAAGGAGAACGUCUCGUGGCUCCUCAGACUUGGAUUUGAGGAGCUGGCGCGCCAAACAUACCUUGCGAGCAGAACGGAGACGAUCCGAGCACGGACAAGGCAGCUUCCUUUCACUGGCGCUCUCGAGCCCUACUUACACGCGCUUGCUUACACCACAUUCACACUCCUGCUACACACGUUCCGGACCUUCAACCAAUCCUUCCCGACCACCAGCGGAAGUGCAGUCGUCCGAUGGGCCAAGGAAAGAGUGGACGAGUUCAAUGCUGCCCUGGAACGCCAGCUGAGUAGUGUCGUUCGGGAGAGUGAGAUCUGGGGUAUAUGCAUCCAGACCGUGAAAGAACAGGCUGUAGUAUUGGCGGAGGUGGGAGUAGACUUCGGAGGUCUCAUCGCGAGAGGACUAUCAGCAGAUGCGGCCGCCGCGGUGAAUGGAACUCAGCCCAUUGGCCUCGGAGUCCGCACUUGA